AUGAGUCUAUUCUAUGUUGGAACACUAUUUCUGAUGCUACACUCGAUGAUGCAACAUGUUUUUGGCUUUGCUUCGCUGCACACCACAACCUGUUCUGAGCUGCUUCGAAAAACACAGGGGCCGCAACUGAUAACACAACUUUCGCUCGUUCCCAAUUCUGUAGAUCACGUAGAAAUGUUCAACAUCGCAUCGCAUCACCUCUAUUCCUUCUCCAUCGCCGAUGCUGCAACUCAACUACAGAAGCAGCAGAGUCCACAGGAACUUGGACAAACAAAAACGGAAACUACUCUUAUUUUCGUCGCAGGCUUGGUUCCUUUUGUGUGGGCAACUGUUGAAUUUUGGCGACGAAUUGCUGUUGGGGAAAGUUUUGGUACGGGCUCGGAUUCGAUCGUCAUAAUUGGUGAGGAUGAUGCCCCGGAAAGCUCACGCGGGCGCCGUGUCUUGGGCAAGGGCGCGCUGUUUACGGCCUACGUUUUAUUUACUAUUUCCGCCGCUGUACUUGGCAUCGUUUUAUUCUCCGUACUUGCGACCGACACUGUUUCCUUUGAAGAAUACAGCGCAGGUCUUGGCGAAACUAUCACGCAGCAGUAG